AUGUCGGUUUGUUGUGAAUUGAGAUUGAGAGAGCAGUCGACGACGAUGAUGUCCAAUUACAAUAAUAAAAGGAGGAAGACGACGAUGGAAGAGGCGGCCUCUCCGUCAUGGUCGUCGUUGCCAGACGCGGUGGCUCUGAGUUGCGUGGCCCGACUCUCGAAAUCAGACCUCAAAGCCGUAUCUCUCGUCUCCAGGAGACACCGCUCUCUCGUAGCCUCCCCUGAGCUCUGCCGCACGCGGACGCUGAUUGGUUGCACCGAGCCAUCUUUCUACGUAUGUUUGCGCACCUUUCCUGACCCAUUCCCACGCUGGUUCAUCCUCACCGGUUCUCGGCGGCUGAGGCCGAUCCCAUUGAACCUUUGUCAGGCUCCAGAGUCAUCCUCUUUCGUGGUGGUUGAUUGGGGGAUCUAUGUAAUCGGUGGACUCGUAGACCGCAAUCCCACUUCGGAUGUAUGGUUCCUCGAUUGUUUCUCUCAUAGAUGGCGUCAAGUCCCGUCAAUGAAGAUGGCUCGUGCUGCCGCAUCGGCAAGCCUUGUCGACGGCAAGAUAUACGUGUUUGGAGGGUGCGGAGAUGACGUUGCUGAUUCCUCAAACUGGGCAGAGGUGUUCGAUCCAAAGACCCAAACUUGGCGCUACUUUAAAACGCCCAUGAUGAUGAUGACUCACAGUAUCCAGCAAAGUGUGGUGGUCGAGAAGAAGAAGGUUUACGCGGUGGAUGAGGAUGAUCAGAGCUUCUACUUCUCGCCAAGUGAAAGUAGUUCCUGGACAAGGGGAAGGAGAGAUGCUAAGCCAGGUAACAGAGACAAUUGGUGUGCCAUUGGGAAGCUCUUGUACUGUGUUGGUAGUUGCGGGAGAAUACUGUGGUGUGAGCCAGAUGAGUUGGAUUGGAAAGAAGUCAAGGGUUUGGAAGAGCUGCAACGCUCUCUCACUGGUCGGAGAUAUCUGUUGGAGUGGUACCGGGCCAAGGACAACAACGUGUACCAGAAGUACAAGAAGUUCGAGGUUAAACAUGAUAUCAGCAAACUCUGCUGCAACUCUGCUGGGAACAUUGUCAUCUUCUGGAACUUCCAGGGUCAAGGUCCUAAGAGUGUGGAGCUUCGGUCUGCCGAGAUUUCCUUGGAGAGAUGCGAGGGAGGCGAGGUUUGGGGGAGGAUUGAAUGGUCUGGUACGGUCUUCAAACUUGAUCCCCUCUCAGAGUCAUAUAGCGUCAAGGUCUUAUAUUCUGCUCCCGUCUGUUCCUGA